AUAAACCCCUGCUCUCCUCACACCUAACCUUAACGCUCAUCUACCCUUCCCCUCUGUUCUUUUCUCAAACUCUGACCAACGCAGUACUAACCACCGUACAAUGUCUGCUGCUAGGUCUUUGGUGCCUCUGAUGGUGGUGCUGGUGGCUGCAGUGGGUGAAGCCCGUGCCCAGGAGAGGAUUAAGAUGUGUGGGAGAGAUCUGAUACGUCUGGCUGUGACGUCCUGUGGCAACUCUCGGGUGAGGAGAAGCAUCCUGGACGCAGACCUGGCCCAGCGGCAACAUGCCUCUCACUGGGACCAGGAUGCCUUCACAGAGGAGCCCCAGGCUACGGAGGCCGCCCCCAUCGCUCCAGAAUCAGACGGGGACAAGGGUGUCUUCUCCUUGACUCCUCACUGGUACACCCUGCUCUCUCGGGUUAGACGAGAUGCCGGAAAAAUAUCUGAUAUUUGCUGUGAGAAGGGAUGCAGCAUGAAAGAGUUGAUCCAGUUUUGCUAAAUGUAGCUCCCUACUUGUCACACAAUAAAUUAUUGUCUUAAAACGUUGUGAUCUGUGCUGCGACGUUGUUUGAAGGAACCUUUGUUGCUUAUUUUGUUUACCAUCAGUAGAAACAUGAUCAUAUUUAAUACAUUAUUUACUAAGCCAUACUGCAGCGCAAAGGAUAACAGCACAAUGUUUUGUUUGUAAAACAUUCAAAUUAAUAUAAUUUAUUCUCUGUAUCAUUGUAGAAGAAGUUUAAUUGCAACCCUCAAAAU